AUGGCCGGUGUUGUAGAACAGCUUGAUCAGCAGCUCGUGGAGCUGUUUUCCGGAUGGAACUCGACCACGACCCUGCUGGUGCUGGCCAUCGCCGGCUUCCUGGCCUACACCAUCUACCUGGGCCUUGAGGACCCGGACAUUCACCCCAUGCUGCUGCAGCGCAGCUCCGUCGCUGCUGGCAUCCGCCAGCCCGGCGAAUCCGCCAUCUACCGCAGCCCCCACGUCCCGCACGGCUACCCUCUGCAGACCGGUCUCAGCAUUCCCGGCCAGCAGCGCUACGAGCGCCGCGACGGCGACCUGCGCGACGUCUGGCGCAAGGUGCUUGGCACGCUCCCUGCCGACCAGGGCGAGCCAGUGCGCAGCCCUGGCACCAUCCUCACUGUCAUUGGCAAGGAAGCCGUCGAGCACAGCUUCGACGAUGUUACAAAGGAGAUCAAUAUCCUAGGCAACCACGUCAAGGAGCACGGCGGCAAGCGUGUGGCCGUCUACCUGCCCAACUCCAUCGAGCUGCUCACCACUAUAUUUGCCGGCGCUUUCUACGGCUUCUCACCCGUCCUGAUCCCGUACAAUCAACCGCACAAUGUCGUCGUGGCUAUGCUCCAGCACAGCGGUGCCGACUCACUCAUUGCUGAGGCGGGCUCCAUCCCACUGAGCGAUGUUGCCCAAGGCGUUCCGAAUCUGAAGCAGGCUGUCUGGGUCGUUGAGAAGACCAGCAGGCACGUCGAUUGGAACGAGGUCCCUGAGGGGGCUGGCGGCAAGAUUGAGGUCUCGACUUGGCAUGAGCUGGUGCAGGAUAACGCGGCCAGCACCACCACCGAGCUGCCGCAGUACGUGACAGGUGACAAGGCCCCGAAUGUCAUCACCAUCUGGCAAGAUCGUGAGGGCUCAGAAGGAGAAACUGUCGAAUUCACGCAGCAGAAUAUGUCCGCUGCCAUUGCUAGCUUGAUCUCUGCACUGCCUGCCGGGCAGCGUCUUUCUCCUUCGGAUCUCUUCCUCCCCGCCGACUCUCUUACCAGCUCGUACACGCUGGCCCUGACCAUGGCCGCUCUCUUCAGCCACGCCUCCCUCGCCAUCACGUCUGUUGCCGGCCCUGGAGUCGAACUCAGCCUCGCCACGCGUGGCGUCGCCCCCACCGUCAUCUCCAUCUCCGCCGAGACGGCUGCCAACCUGCACAGCGCCACUUCAGCCUCCGUGGUCAGCGGCGUCAAGAAGCUCGCCCACUACACCGAGACGCGCGCCAUGACCAGCUCCGGCAAGCUGCCGACCAACACGCUGCUGACCAAGCUCAACGCCCCCACGCGCGCCGCCGUCGGCACCACGCCCGGCAAGCUGCGCCUCGUGCACGUGUCGGAGCGCGCGGGCGCCCUGGACGCGCCGCCGCUCAGCAGCGCCGACCUGUCGGACCUGCGCAUCUACCUCCACGCGCGCGUCGUGUACGCGCUCACGGCGGCCCGGGUCGCGGGCGCCGUCACGCAGACGAACGUGUACGACUACCGCCGCGAGGAGCUGCAGUCGCAGUCGCAGCUGUCGACGAGCGGCAAGGGCAAGCAGUACGGCCACUUCGGCGCGCCGACGGCCAGCGUCGAGAUCAAGCUGGUGGACACACCCGAGCACAAGACGACGGACGACGAGGCGAGGGGCGAGGUCGUCGUCAUGGGGCCGAGCGUGGCGGGCGGGAAGGCCGUCUUGCCUGUGGUCGGGAGGGUGAGGGAUGAUGGUUGUUUGGCUUACGUUUGA